AUGCUAAACGUCAUCUUUUCAACAAUGUUUUUCAAUACUUUAACACCAAAAUUUUAUGUUGCACUUACUGGUACAUCAUCAUUAAUCUCCGGUCUUAUUUUAAUAUUUGAAUGGUGGUAUUUUAAAAGAUAUGGUACAUCAUUUAUAGAACAAGUAUCUAUAAAUCAUUUAACACCAAUUUUAAAUGGUAGUGAAUCAAAUAAUUCUUCACUAACAAAUAAUGAUUUAUCAUUACCAUCAUCAUCAUCAUCAUUAAUGAAUGGUUGUAAUAAUGGAAAUAGUUGUAGUAAUUCAAUGGGAAAUAGUUGUUUAUCAAAUGGUAUUGAUUCAACAACACCGGUGACUGGUACAAAUGAAUGUAAAGUAUGGAAAAAUCCAUGUGCAUUAUUUCGUGGAGCUGAAUAUCAACGUUUAACACAAUAUAAUGGUAAAGAACCAUUAACAUUUCAUGAUAUGAAUUUAUCUGCUCAAGAACAUCAAACAUUUUUUUCUUGUGAACUUGAUGAAGGAAAACCUGAAUAUGACAUGAUGCAACGUGCAUGGCGUGAACGAACACCAUCAAUACGUAUUCAAUUAGCUCAUGAUGCAUUAGAAAAAAAUUCUGAAUGUACACCAGCAUUAAUCCUUCUAGCUGAAGAAGAAGCAACAACAAUAAUUGAAGUUGAACGUAUAUUAAAACAAGCAUUAAAAUGUGCAGAAAAUGCUUAUAGAAAAUCACAACAAUUACUUGAACAAGGUCAUAAUCAAGAUAUUGUACAUAAACGUAAUACAAAUAUAUUAAUUUAUGUUAAACGACGUUUAGGAAUGUGUGCAAGAAAAUUGGGUAAAUUACGUGAAGCAACGAAAAUUUUUCGUGAUCUAGUGAAAGAAUUUCCGAUGAUGUCAGUUUUUAAUAUACAUGAAAAUCUUAUUGAAGUUUUACUUGCACUUCAAAAUUAUCCAGAUGUACAGGGCGUACUUGCCAAAUAUGAUGAUAUUAGUUUACCAAAAUCAGCUACUAUUUGUUAUACAGCUGCUUUACUGAAAGCUAGAGCGGUUGCUGCCACAUUUUCACCCGAUGUAGCAAGUAAACGUGGUUUAACUGCAACAGAAAUGUCUGCUGUUGAAGCAAUACAUCGAGCUGUAGAAUUCAAUCCACAUGUACCUAAAUAUUUAUUAGAAAUGAAAAGUUUAAUAUUACCACCUGAACAUAUUCUUAAACGUGGUGAUUCAGAAGCAAUAGCUUAUGCUUUUUUUCAUUUACCACAUUGGCGUCGUGUUGAAGGUGCAUUAAAUUUAUUACAUUGUACAUGGGAAGGAACAUUUCGUAUGAUACCAUAUCCAUUAGAAAAAGGACAUCUAUUUCAUCCAUAUCCAACGUGUACCGAAGCAGCCGAUAGAGAAUUAUUACCUGCAUUUCAUGACGUAUCUGUUUUUCCGAAAAAAGAAUUACCAUUUUUUAUUUUAUUUACUGCUGGUUUGUGUUCAGGCACAGCUAUGCUUGCUUUGCUUACUCAUCAAUAUCCAGAAAUAGCUGCUUAUAUAGCUCGUCUUUUUCUUAAUUGGUUCAAUGUACCUAUACAAUAUUUGACGGAUAAAAUUGAAUCAAUACUUCCGUCGAAUCUCUUUCAACAAUUGGCAAAAAUUUGA